UAUGUCUGAGUCACUUGCAGCUUGCGGAUUUUAUUAUAUGCAAGAUGAAGAUAAGGUAAAAUGUUAUAAAUGUGAGAUAGUUUUAUAUAAUUGGAUAGAAAAGGAUGAUAAUCCUUAUAAGAUACAUUAUAAGUUUAAUGCCGAUUGUGAUCAUCUUAAGGAGAAAUUUGGUAGUGAUAACAGCAUGCAAAGUAUUUCCAGCUCCCAUGAAGAAAAUAAUUCAAAUCAACUAUAUUUAUAUGAAGAAGAACCAAAAUAUCCUUCAAUGAGAUUGUUUAGUUCAAGAAAAAAAUCAUUUUAUCAGUUAAAAUGGUUUGAGGAGAGUUUGAUUGAAGAAUGGGCAACUUUUGGAUACUUUUUUGAAAAAUCUGAUCAAAAGAAAGAUUUUAUAAACUGUUUCUUUUGUGGAUUAACCAUAAUAUUCAUUAAUUCAUCUAAAGAAACAAAGAAUCCUUUGUUUUGGCAAAGGAAGAAUUUUAACGCAAAAUUUUUACAUGAAAAAUUAUUCCCUAACUGCAGCCAUAUGGUUAAGAAAUGUGGGAGAAAUUUCAACUUAAAAGAUGAAGUUUCAACAUAUUUUCGAAAUGAUAAAUUUAUUUCCAGAGAUGGUACUUUCAAUUUAAGUAGAGAACCUGCAAAAGUGUCAGAAAUAUUCAAUGUCGACCCUAGGGAAACUCGAGCUAGAUUAGAUACUGCACUUUUACAGAUACUUGUAGAUUAUGGUUAUGAGUGGGAUUUAUUAAUAAGAAGUAUUGAAAUAGCAAUGAAACGUUAUUAUGAUUUUGAAAAUUUACUACAGUUAAAGAGUAUUGUGGAUAAUCUUGUAAUUUUAAAAACUAAUGAUGUAGCUAACAAAUUAAAUAUUCCGUUAGAUUUAUCUCCAGCAAGUACUGAUUUUCCCCCAAAACAACCCAGAACCUUACAGGAUUAUAAACAUGUCAAUGGAUUGAUAACUGAAGCAAGACGUUGCAAAAAUAGGAAGAAAUUCUGUUCAAAUUUUGCAAACACAGUGAUUAUCCCAUGUGGCUGUUUAUAUACUUGUAACGAAUGCGCAAACUCUAUUAUAUUUUGCGCGUACUGUGGAAAACUAAUAAAGUCUACUUUGCGAGUACUAAACAUGUCAUAG